AUGGAUGGAGACUCCACUGGUGACCUGAACAGCAUGCCACAAUCAAAGCAAAUUCUUGAUUUUGUAUACUUGUUCCAGUGUAUACCAUGCGGUCCAGGAAAUAGAGGCAAUUGCUUCGGACCGAACAUCUGUUGCGGAGAAGACUUAGGAUGUUAUAUUGGGACCCCAGAGACACUGCGCUGCGUGGAAGAAAACUACUUACCUUCUCCCUGUGAGGCUGGUGGAAAGCCCUGCGGUGCCGGAGGACGAUGUGCUGCUCCGGGAGUUUGCUGCAAUGACGAAUAUGAUGUACUGGUAUAUCUACGACAGUUUGCAACUGUGGAUUCCAUUUGCCUGGAUGAAGACAGCGAGAGGCAGCAAGUUUCUUCAGAUCAGAACAUGACCCAGAUGGACGGAUCAGCCAGCGACCUCCUCCGGAGACUCAUGCAUAUGGCAAACAGGCAACAGCAGCAGACGAAACACUACUGA